AAAGGGGACCAAUCGCUCGAAACAGCGUCGCUGGAACCUGCCGGGAAACGCAAACUCUGCAGAGGCACCGCAACAACGUCAGUUCAUCAAGAGACGGGACUUUGGCCAUCAAAACCUCAACCACAACGCCCGUUUUGCAUCAAAAAACUCGACAGAUCGAUCUUGCAUGGCAUCUUGCAUGACAUAAGGAUUUUAUUUUUGGGGUUUCCCCAGGCUAUUCGCCAACUUACCUCACCAAGCAGCCAUGGCGACCCGCAAGGUCCGAUACAAGAAACUGAGCGUGAAAACGCCCCUGGCCGUGCUCAGAGAGGACCAAAUCGACCCGGCCGAGUACGAGUCACUCACAAAUGAAGCCCAAAUCGCGACAGGAGUCGAGCAAGCCGAGGAAAAUGAAUACCAUCUCCAGGCUGUCCUCAAGAGCGAAGGGGUCGCCGCCGAUAAGGAGAUUCCCGUACCGCCUCCUCAGGAGAGUACUUUGAACUAUGAUGAGCUCUAUACUCGCCCCUUCUCCAAGACGUCAUCAUACAUCCGCUUCUCCCAGACUGUGGAGGAAUCCAUAGGAUGUACGUAUGAUAUGACGGAGGAGGAUGAUGAAUUCCUGAAGUCAUACAACCAGAAGCGACCACCUUCGGCUCAGCUCUCUGAAGAUGACUUUGAGAGGAUCAUGGAGGUGUAUGAGGACACCUCCUAUAUCAAGGCUCCCUUCGCUUCGAUAGACCAGACCAUAGUUCCGUACGAGGAGAUGCUCCAGGGCUUGCAAGAUCUUGACAAGGCAAAGAUCAUGCCUCACGCCAAGGAGAUCUAUGAGUAUUGGAAAUCCCGGCGGCUAGCGCUGAACAAUCAGCCCCUUCACCCGACGCUCAAGUUUGAGAGGCAUCAGGAAAGCGAUGACACCGAUCCGUAUGUCUGCUUCCGGCGUCGUGAGGUCCGUCAGACGCGGAAAACGCGAGCUCGGGACGUUCAGAGUGCGGAUAAGCUCAAGCGCUUGCGGAAGGAACUUGAGGAGGGCCGGCAAUUGGUCUUGGCCGCGCACAACCGCGAGCUUCUCAAAGCCGAGAUGCUCAAGGCAGAUCGCGCCGUUUUUGAGGUCCGAGCCCGACUCAAGGAGCUCAAAGUCCGGUUGGGCAUCAAGACCGACGACGAGGACCUCAUCAACCAGAAGCCGCAAAAGAGGAAGGCCCCCGAAGCCCCUGCAGUGCAACGGCCACCGCCGCCAACACAGCUCCGUAUCGCUGCCAGGGCGGAUGGCCGAUCUGCCGAGGGCGAUCUCUCGCUCCUUGCUGAUCGCUUGGCUGAAAAGGAGAAUGAGCUCCGUGCCGAUAUCGAGAAGAAGGUGCAGAGUCAUAAUGAAUGGAAUCGCAACCAUCUCGACCUCACACGAGGCCCGCUCUCGCCGGUCCAUGGGCCAAGACAGGCCCCAAGCUUUAGGCCAGCUAAGACGCAGUAUCUGAUGACGCCACCAGCGUCUGCGUCGUCUGAUUCACUGGAGGAUCCCACACCCAUGUCUCUGGAUAAGCCACAGAAUCCCCCGGCGCCGUAUAAUUUCCGUGGCAUAGCCCGGGAUGAGGAGUCGAGGAAAAACCCUCCGGCGUAUCGCCGUCGGAUCGGCCGGCUCAACCGGCUAUGGAUCGACCGUCGCGGGAUGGCCAGUCCGCCGCGCGAUGUCAGUGAGGAGGUGCUGGACCGGUGGAAGUACGAUCAGUCGUCGGAUGACGAGGAAUAUCCGCCAACCUAUGAGGUUGAUCCUUUUGACAUCAAUGCGCUCAGAUUCCGCGCUUCAAUCCCUCUCCCUCCGUGGAUGAUGGCUAGGGCGGCGGUCCCGAGCACCCGAAUACCAUUGCCACCACCUCAACAACCACACCCGCCGCAACAGCUGCAGCAAGCACAGCAAGUGCAGCAAGCGCAGCCGCAAGUGCAGCAACCACCCCCACAGCCACAACCAGCCGUAUCGCAGCCGCAGCCGCAGCCGCAGCCGCAGCCACAACCACCGGCUCAAGCCCAGAGUACGUCAUAAAGAUGGGACUGAAACGGCCGGCCGUUUGUGCUUUCCCCCAUGGUUGUAGUCCGCCGCCGAAGUGCGGCCGGACAUUGGCAAGAAGAAAACGAAAUUCUUGCCCU